CCGCGCCGGAGCCGGCCAUCGCGGGACGGCUGCAGCCACGGCCAGGCCGCUCUACCUGAUCCUGGAUGACAAUUUUUAUUACCGGAGCAUGAGAUACGAGGUGUACCAGCUGGCUCGCAAAUAUGCCUUGAGCUUCUGCCAGUUAUUUUUAGAGUGUCCACUCGAAUGCUGCUUGCAGAGAAAUCGUCUAAGAAGUCAUCCGCUACCUGACCAGACAAUAUGUUUAAUGGCGAGAAAAAUAGAAAUGCCAGAUCUCAAGAAAAAUGCUUGGGAACAGAACAGCCUCAUUCUGAAAAGUUUUGAUUGUGCUUCAGAGGAUAAUGAGCAGAUAAUUAGUUUGCUGGCCACUGCUUUGGAAAAUCCAGUGAAGCAAAAUGAGGAAAACACUGAACAAAAGGAAGCAGAUCGAGCAAUCUGCGCGGCUAGUGCUGUCCACCAGGCUGACCAGGCCUGCAGACGCAUCAUCUCUCAGACAAUGAAGGACGCAAAAGAUAAAAACGUACUCCCAAGUGAGAUGAAGAGCCUGGCAGAAGAACUCAACAAACUCAAAGUGGAAUUUUUAGAAAACUUGCGCCAAGGAAGUAAUUUGGAAACCCAAAUUUGCAUACAAAGUCCAUAUUCUGACCCCACUACAAGUGUAACUUCUUCAUUCCAGCAUGAGGCAACCGCUGUAGUUAAUAAAUACAUUUUAAGAUAAUGACAUAGAGAAAGUUGGUGGUUUUUUAAGCGUCCAGAAUGUUAAAAAUGCAGUACUCUCUGCAUACUACAGCUGAAAACAUCUGAGAUACUGCUUCCUUCUCCUGAGGCUCGUGCCUUCUGCGACUCCUCUCCCCAUAUUAUGGAAGAGAAAUGCAGUCUGGCGUACCGUGUUUGACUUGGAAGAUCAAGCCAACAAUAAACCAUCCUUAGAUUUUAAAUUUCACAGAUUUAUAGGAAAAGGUAGCCUGGGAAGAACACCUAGGAGCCAUCUAGUCCUGUUCCCUGCUUACAGCAGGGCCAACUUCCAGCUGGAUCAGCCUUCUCAGAGCCCCACAGCCGAGACUGUGAAGAGCACCUUGGGCAGUGACCUGCCCCAUGCUGUCCAAGGGGCAGCUGAGUGUUUCCAGGGCACACAUGCUCUGGAAAGCAAGAUGGAGUUCAGCACUAAAGGCAUGACGUGGGGACAACGACCUACAGCAGCCAAAGUCAGGAAGUCAGCACCUAAGUUGAAUCCAAGUCCCACUUCAGUUAAGUCCCUUUUUUAGAUCAGGCUCUUGGCUUGUCUGCUUGUUUCCCCGUCAGAAACUUUGCGAAAAACAAGAAGUUUGAGGUGCAGUUAAAUUCAGGCUCUUGAGAGUUGCACGCACACGUGUCGGAUUAACUCCAGUGUCCAAAGGAACUUGACAUUCGGUGCUGCCUUCCAAGUAUCUAACACCACUCACAGAAGUUCCAUAUGCAGUGACAACCACCUUACCAUGAUAAAACCCCUGAUUUCAGACAUACAAGCACCCUUGAUAAUGCAAGAGGAGUAUGAGGAAACAAAGACACUGCAAGAUAACCAAAUGUGCAAGAUUAACAGUGGAAAGAAGUAAAAGCAUGUCCUGGUUCAGCACUAAAAUUAAGCAUUUUUGACUUGAGCAGACUGAAACUUGCUUACCCAAAAGGUAAGCUUUUCCUUCCAUCUAGACCACAGCUGGCCAUGAGCAGUUCACCAGUUCCAGCUGUCAAAGUGUGUGUAAUUAAGAAUUAACAUGAGACUUAAGUAGAAAGUGUUAUU